AUGGGUUUCAUCUCUCUGCAAUCUUGGAGCAGAGGAGCUUCAACUUCUGUUCAUCUCCUUCGUCCAGUUGGUCCGAACCCUAAGCUAUAUGAUGCUUCUCGAGCAGUACAAGCAGCCAAAUUUUACACUGGUUUUAAGUUUGAUGUUAGAGCCUCUUCGAGUCGUAAAUCACUUAAGAAACUCAGAAGAGAAUCUCAACAAGGUAAAGACAUAACCAGGAGAAACGUUACAGAAGAUGAAGAAGAAGUUGCUCAAGUUUCUUCUCCCAAGUUUAAAGAAGCUCAAGUCGAUACUUCAACUUCAAAUGACUCCAUCGAUGUUGUUGCUCCUCGAGACAAAGUGCUUCAGGCCUGCACAGCAACCUCCGGUUUAAUGGCUGCAUUAGGCCUAAUCAUCAGGAAGGCGUCUCAUGUCGCUUCGACUGAAGGAUUACCAGUUCUAGACUGCUCUACAGAUAUACCAUUUGGUUUUGAAACUUGGCAUCUCGGUUUAAUCGCUGGAAUCGUUGUGUUUAUAUCAUCAAGCAGGUUCUUGCUACUAAAGUCUUGGCCAGAUUUUGCUGAGUCAAGUGAAACAGCAAACCAACAGAUCCUUACUUCGCUCGAACCUCUAGAUUACCUUCUUGUUGCGAUUUUACCUGGAAUUAGUGAGGAGAUGCUCUUUCGAGGUGCAUUGAUGCCUUUGUUCGGAACCAAUUGGAACAGUAUUGUGGGAGUUGGACUCAUCUUCGGUUUACUUCAUCUUGGGAGUGGAAGAAAGUAUUCUUUUGCAGUUUGGGCGUCGAUUGUCGGAAUAGUCUAUGGUUAUGCAGCGGUUUUGUCGGCGAGUCUUCUUGUUCCGAUGGCCUCACACGCGCUUAACAAUUUGGUCGGAGGUUUGCUGUGGCGAUAUAGUUCCAAGCUCAAGUCGUUGGAGUGA